AGGCAGAGCAGAGGAGCAGAGAAAAGUUGAGUGAGAGCCAGAUUCCAGCUUUUCUGCAACCGAGAGAGACAGAGAGAAAGAGAGAGGCAGAGAGAGAGAGAGACGCUACCGUACCCUCUUGCCUGCUGCUGUUGGGAGGAGCCGGACUCAUCCCAUCACUGAGCCCACGAGCCAUCAGGUCUGCGGCUGACGUUCUCUCCCGUCCGCAGCACUCCAUCCAGGGACACACACACACACGCACACACAGAGGGGACGUCUCGGAGCGGAGCACUAGAUGGUGUUUCCCCGGAUACCGUCUGACUGCACUCUCUCCUUCAGCCCGCUGUCUGCCCUCCGCCUGGACUCACUCACCUGCGCAGUGGAAGAGGGCUGCUCUGAGAGGCCGGCAGCCAGCCAGACGGAAUCAGGCCAGACGGAACCCGCUCCACCGCCACCGCGGCCAGACGGAACACACACGCGCAUCACGACGGCUCCGGCAGAGCCAGGAGUUACCCCACACCCCCUUGCCACCGCCCCGAAAACUUGGGACAUUUCUGCGUCACAGCUUGAAUAAGGAAAAGGAAUUCGGAACUCUACCUAAAAGGGAACCUGGUGUGGAACGUCCGGCCAGACGGGACAGGACGUGGACAUAGACAGGUAGCCAUGGAGGCCAGGAGCACCGGAGCCCAGCCCCGGCACACUUUGCUUUUACCCAGCCUGAGGACCAGUCUGCUCCUCACACUCAUCCUGGGUGUGUGGUACUGCCAGGCGCUGGAGAUGAUCACAGGAAAGAUCCCUUACCUAGAGGCAGUGAACGGCAGCACCGUCCUGCUGCCCUGCAAGUAUGCCAGCUGCGUGGGCAUCAAGGACCUCUACUUCCGCUGGUCCUUCAAUGACACCGACCCCGCCAACAAGCUAGUUGACGCUUGGAUUAAGGAUGAAUUCACGGAGCCUGCUCACUUGACCAUCUACAAAGAUCGGGUAGAGUUUGUGGGGUCCACCAAGACCCAAAAUGUCUCCAUCUUGCUCUGGAACAUCACCUUUGAGGACGGAGGGGUGUACACCUGCUAUGGCAAAAACCCCAAAGAGAAGGGCAGAUACCACAAUUCCACUUUCACCCUGUCGGUGGUGGAUGAACUGAGGGUGGUGGAUAACACUCUGACCAUCCUCAUUGCCUCUUGUGUGGGUGGCACCAUCGCCUCGCUCAUGGGCUUCGUUUUGAUAAAGAACUUCAUUAUCUUCGUGAUCUCAAAAGUGCAGGAGAGAAAUAAAGAGUGUCUUGUGACGUCUUCGGGGAUCGACAACACAGAAAAUGGCCUCUCAGGAUCCAAAUCGACACCCAAACCCACACCAAAGAAAGCACCAAAGAAAGCAUGAGAGCCUGCAUGUAUGUAGAUCCCAAUACAAAAACAGCAAAACAGAACAACAGUAAAACAAAACAAAACAAAAACAAGCCAAACCCUCCCAUUUCACUCGUACCUCUGCAGAACGAGGCUAUACGCAGGAGAGAGAUGAGAUGAGAUGAGAUGGAGAAGCACUUCCACCUCCACUGGACUGCUUCAUGCUCUCCUGUCCCCUGCUCACCUUCACUAAUCUAAGCACCAACACUAACCCCCUCACUGCUGAGCGCAGAGCAAUAGGCUAAAACCACCAUCUCCAUUCAUUUCCAUUGUUUUGUCCAAUAGUCUCUCGUGUUGAACAAUCUAGCUGCUUCUUUCUGCUGCGACGUAUAUGUUUGGAAAACUUCUCUUAGUGCAACAUGUCAUUAUUAUUUUUCUUUUUCCACUGAUCCUUAUCCUUUCGACUGCACUAGUUCAAAAGGAAAAGGGAUGCCAGCUGUGGCUCUGGCUCUAAUUCUGCCACGCUCAUUUUAGCAGAUGCAGAUGCAGCUAAGACACUUCAUGCUUCUCUCUCAGGUGUAUGAAUCAAUGCGGAGGGAAUUAUUCAUUUAUGCAUAUAUUUCUAUAUGCACUUGUGUGAUCAAAUGGUAUACAGAACCACGCGGGACUGUUUUUCUUAUGGUCAAGUAAAAAAAGGUAAUAUAGUAUAUAUUUAUUUUAUAAAAACUAUGCUUGGACAGGGAUAAAUGUAAGCUAUACAUUGUUUUGUUUUUUUCCUGGGUUGGAUUGGGAGCAUACCCUUCUCUCUCUCUCUCUCUCUCUCUCUAUUUUCCUCACGCCAUCCCUGCACUUUGAAAGUCAGCACUGAAAGUCAUUGAGCUACUUUUAUUUUCCCUUAGCUCAGCUCUUACCGUGAUGUAUCCUCCUGGGGUACUGCAGGCUUGUCCGGUCUGGCGUGGAUCUGGCCCAGGUCUGGCCCAGAUCCCCCCCCCACAGGCUGCUGACUGGACAGACUGUGGCUGGAGCUUUGGCCAGUUUCAGCCACGUUAAGGGGCUGCCUUCCCUCAGUCUGUGCAGGAACACUUGGCUAGAGGAAUCUGGUUAAUGAGAUGCCCAAAAUAGUCAACAUGAGGAGAAAGACCUGCCCUCAGUGUGGUAGAUGCAAUAAACAGCUGAUAUUCCCUUUCCCGUAGAGCCUAUUUUCAGCAAUAUAAAGAUGUAAUGCAAUCCUGUACCCUUGAUGUAGAUAAUGCACUUGCAAUGCAAUUGCCAAGGUUACCACAGUGAUGUACCGUUAAGAAACAGAGGGUGCAUCAGUGAGCCUAAACUCCUUCCUUUUCCUAUAUGUUACAUGCACAAUGUGUCACACCCAUUCAGUUCUUCUCUUCAGUCACCUGUGAUGCUGAAAAGGGGACUGAGAGGAAAUUCAAGAAGGCCCCUGCUUCAGGUCCAGCCCAGGAACAUUUUAGAUUUUUAUGUUUUGCUUGGGAUAACAAAAAAAACACAGGUGCCUGUAAGCGCUUCUAUCACCACCUGCUGGUGGAAAGGACUAAGUAAUUCAAACCAAUAUCAUGCAAAGCAUAAAUGCUGCAAAAAGAAACAAAAACAACAUGUUUAAAAAGGAGGAAAAAAGCUGCAAAAAAAAAAGAUCCAAUAUUUCACGCAGAUGAAUGAAACUGACAAUCCUUAGAGACCCAUGCUCCUUGAUAAAAUGAAUGAAUCUCUUAAAAGCUACAGUUAACCAAUGUAUUUUAGCAUGUUCUAAAGGCCAGAUUUAUAGAAACACAAAGCUCUUAACAGUACAAAUAUACUUGAUGUUUUUUUACUUGAAACCCAGAAUGAACCAUGUAUAACCAGUCACGUAUUUACAGGUUGGUUCAAACUCUUUACGUGAAAGUAGUUCAUGCUUUCCAGUCAUGCUUUACAUUGUGAGCGUGCGUGUAUAGGUUUGUGCAUCCGUGUGUGCGUGUGUGUGAUUGUGUGUGCGAGUGUGUAUGUGCGUGCGUAUGUCUACCUAAGGCUUACGUUGAGUAGGGUCAGAGUGUCUGCUCCAGAUCAUUUUGGACUGUAUGUAAGUGCUGUAAAAGUGGGAUCUGAGCCGCGGUUCUCACUGUAACUAACAACUGCUCUGAGAAGCAUAGAAACAGUCCUGUACCCCAGGAGUAUUGUGUCAAAACCCACUGAUAAUAGCUGGGAGUCCAAUGCUCUGUUCUGAUCCUGCAAAGUCAUACUCAUAGUAGGUCUUUACUGAGAGCUUGAAAUGAUGAAUGUACACACAUACGUACACUCACAUCCAUCGCGCUCACCCACCCACACACACACACACACACACACACACACACACACACACACACACACACACACACACAUAUUUCUGUUUCUAGCUACAUUUAUGCAACUGCUCCAACUUACUGCUGAAUAAUUUCCUACAAAUGUCAAAUAAUGGCAAUAAAACAUACUGUGCAUUUGCAUUAGAAAAGAAAAUGAAGUGAUGAGGACUAUGAAGGAAAUAAUUAGGAGUAAUUUGGAUAAACAGAUGAAUGACAAUGUCUCAUGAAUGGGACUAAAAUUUCCUGCUACAUUAUAUUUUAAUUUUAACUUCUAAUCUUUGAAAUAUGUGAAGUGAGAUGUGUCAUUCCAAGAAGGUUAGCAGCUUUCAGGUCUCCACAGAACCUCCACAGAACAUAUAAGGAAUACUUACCCCAUUAUCUUAAGACAUAUGGUGAAAAUUAUGCCCUGUCUUGCCAUACUCAAGUCCCAGGUAACUAUGAGGAGAUUGAGGAAAGUGCAGAAGAAAUUGAAGGACAAGGCAGUUGUCAAAGAGACCUCCUUGUCCAUGCUGAAAUAGCUAUGUGAGACGUACAAAAAUGUCUGCUGACACUUUUGACUCAUCAUCUGGUAGGGAUGACAGGUGAAGUUGGGUGUUAUCUAUAUAGCAAUAAUAGAAAGCUGAUGAUUGCAUUCAGGGAGAUGGUGAAUAUUGACAAAAAUCUGGACUAAGUACCAAACCUUGGGGCACUUUCUUGGACUGACAAUAUUGCUUAGAUACUUGUCCCACCAUUACACACCGAGAGUUGGACUCAAUCCGACAAAGAGCAGUUUCUAAUAUCCCACUUAAGAGAGGCUGGAUAGCAGAGCUUUCUAUCUAGAGGGUUUCCAUGGCCAAUAAUGAGGCAUUUUUUGAAUGGCUCAUAAAACUAAACUAGUGGAGUAGAUGAGUGGAGGGUUGAAUUAUUAGAAUAGAGCGUCUAUAGAGUUACUAAUCAGGGAACACAUGGAGAAGAGUUCAUUCAAGCUGUCAUAUCUCACUUCUGGUUUGUUACCUCUCAUAUAACAGAGAAAUGUCCACUGGAGUUAAAUGAAGAUACUUGUAGUCAACUUAAUUUACCCCUGUGGUCUGAUCAUCCUUUUCAUUUGAUAUAUAAAGUGAAUAUAUCGCUAACUACUCGACCACUCACUCCACACCAUACACACAAUAUACCUCCUCUGUCAGCUCUUAUUGACUGGACUGCAAUAGUGAAAAGUGUGUACUUUGAGUGCUCUGUGUGGAAGGCCUUUUAGGAAUUGGGAAUUAGUGCAGCAUACUAUUGUGUUUGACUAGUGACACGAUGGUAGUUGGUGGUUGCACUAGAUGGCACUUUAGAGUUAUUGGCUUCUGGGGUAUUUGUAUCGAUAGGACUUUGACCUGUCCAUCCUUAGAUGUCAUAUGCAGAGGAGGAAAAAAAGCCAUAUUUACUUUAGGGGAGAGUUACUUACAUCUUAAAACUAGAACUGGAUAUGUUCUGUAACUUGAUAUACAGAGAGAGAGAGGGAGGGAGGGGCUAUGCGGUUUUGUGUUAUGAUUCUGUUUCUGUGAGUAACUCAACAGAGAACACAGCAUCAAAAAGUCCUCCCCAUUAACUUUAUUUCAGGGUUUUAGGGUUCCUAAGCAUUUCUGAUGAAGGAUCUGGGCCUUCAUAAAUAUAAAAAAGAAUAGAAAAGAAUAUUUAGGUGAAAAUUCAAAUUUACAUUCAUUGUACUGGCUUACCUUGACGAUUAUGGGUAUAUAUGGGGGGUACGUUUUGUUAAGCUUUGCCGUUCAUCUACAAAUAACAGAAACGUACUCCAGUCCAGUCCAUGUAUUUGACAAGAUAAUAAUUUAGUGUUCUUAAACCAUGUAAAGUAUUCUAAAAUAGGUGUAUCUGUGUCAUUUCUGGCACUGUGGGACAAACUGCUUUUUAUUGAGAUUAAUAAAACCACACUGAUUUGCUGAAUAGCUAAUGUAUGCAUGAUGGCAGCCCUAUUGACUAACCCAAACUAAUUUGAUAAUCCCACCUUCUUGUUUCUGUACACUGGAAGAUGAUAUGCAAGCUGUACUUCAUGCCAAUAAUACAGCAAAGCAAGAUGAGUCAAGGCAGGUGUCUGGUUGUCAUGGCAACACAUUUCCAUAUGCUUUCUGGAUGUCAGUAAAGUUCUAUUUUUCAUCACUAACGUUAGCCUCAUCAUUACUGCAGUUCAGACUUUGAAUUCAUUGAAUUAGCCAUGAAUCAUUUUGAAUUAAAAAAUGAUACAUUUGGUGUUUUAGAUUUAAGGCCAGACCUGAGGUAACUGUAGCUUGCAGGGGAGACUGUAUAAAGCCUGUGGCUCCGUUGGAUUUGCUACUGCUAGUUAGCUACCUCUCUGCUUUGGAGCGCAUCCACCAAGGGGCUUCUCUCCUGAGCUCUUCAUACUGUGAUUCUGUAGCAAUAAUGUUGGGAAGUUGAGUUGUUAACCAGAGGUGUGAAUGGAAGGCAUUGUGACCGACAGAGUUAGUUGCAGGGGCAGGAAGAGAGAGCAAAUGAGUGAGUCAUUUUACCUCAGUGUGGACAGUUUAACAGAAUACUCCUUGAGGAUUAAGAAUUUAAAGAGUGAUUGGUACUGUGUGCAUUGUUGAAAUAAUCCUUGGUGGAGACUAGUCUUUUUCCACUUUUUGAUUCUCAAGUUUAGAAAUGCUCACAUUUUUGGAAACGUUCAUACUUAAAGGUGUUUAUCAUACCAAUAUUAGGGUCUUAUUUCUGUACGAGUGUGUGUUCCUAUAAGCAGGGAAACUCCAGUCAGCUGUAGAGAUUCUUCAAUUUCUUUUGCAUCAGUCUCUUGCAUCUGUAUUUAAUAGUUUGCACAAGUCAGAGCUUUUUGUACUGGGUGGAAUUGACCAGGCUGAUACACAAGGAGGAAAUUACAGCAGAAUGUUGACUUCCUGAACCCAGCAACUUCCCUGUGAUGAGCUACUACAAACAAUAUAAAGAUCAUUGGCUGAAUAAACCACAUUUAUGAGCAGAAGCACUCAAGACUUAUUCUGUUAUCCACUGUAGGUACUUUUAGAGAACUUGACACAUUGUGUCUCCUCAUGAGCAAAACAAGAAUGGUAAACAUAUAAAAUGGUUGCCAGCAAUACUGAAUGCCGUUAAUUGUAACAUGAUGAAUGGUAAGGCCCACUUUAUCAGGGCAUGGUUCAUGUCUUGCUUGUGUUGAUUGUUCACUUGUGUGUGACCGUAUGAAAGUGUAAUGUGAUGCAAAUUAUCUGCUGGUUGGCCAAAUCUUGAGUUGAAUGUCCAUGAUAUUCUAUUGCACUUUAGACAACAGAAUGUUCUCAAAUUUAACAGUGUUGUAACAUGUCUGUGGAAGCUGCUGUUGCCGAAUUUCUCGACCAGAAAUACAGUAGAUAUAUUUUACCAAACUGUGAAAAUACACGUAGUGGGGACACCAUAACAUCCAUGUAGUUUAUCAUUGUAUCACUGUACUUCAAGGUGGAAUUGAAUGUGUUUUGAAAUGUCAAGUGUUCAAAAAUGGAAAUGGUUUCUUAAAAGCUUUGUAGUGACCCAGACAGUAUAAAAUGGAAAAGAGAGAGAGAGCAAAUAUCAUUUUCAAUCCUUUCAUCCCUCUCUGUGCAAUACAAGGAUCAUAGCUCUAUGAUGCAUUUCAGAGACUGAUGUCCUUUGUCUGUAAAUUCAUUUCACUGCUGACCAAGGGUUCAUAGGACGAUUAUAAGCAUGCUCCCCUCAGCCUUUCCUGGAUUAGCACACAGGCCUGAUUGUUUAAACGUUAUUCAUUCAGAGCUGCACCGGGUCUACCCUUCCAACCAAAGGGAAUGAAUAGCUUAUCAAGUGCAGUGUUACAAAGAUUCCUCUAGAAUGACUCAGGAGAAUAAUGCUGUGAGACCUAAAUGUGGCCUUCAAAGCAUUCUUCUGACUGUGGCACUUUAUUAGACAGGCUGAUUAACCUGAGCUAAAGACCCCAAACGUUUCUUGUUCUGUUCCAUUUGUGACCUCUAAUUGAAGAUAAAAGGACACAGUAUGGAAGCUGAUAAAAAGACACUAUCCGGCUAAACUGCUUGCAAGAACCCUAAAACAUCUACUGCUUGACUAAAAAUGAAUAGUUAACAGGGAGGAGGCCAUUUGAGCACUGUUUACUUUUCUACCUCCUGGGUAAAUCUCCAGUGUGUUCCCACUUCUACAUUCAGAUCCUCAGUCUCCCAUUCCAAACUUGAUCUUACUCUGUCCCAAACUCUGACCCCUUGGUCCCAUAACAUGAAUGGGCAUCCAUGUGUUUUUUUUUUUUUUUUUGCAUUCAAACACAGCCAUGCAUAACAAUUAUAUUUUCUUUAUUACAAAAAGCUUAAGAAAUAAAGUUUUGGAUAAAAUAUGAA